AUGGUGCUCUCUGGUAAGCUUAUUACUGAACUUGGUAUCAAAACACCCGCUGAAAGGUUUUACAAACUAUUUGCGGAAGAACUUCACGAGGUGCAAGUCCAUUGUGAAAGAGUUCAUCAUACCAAACUCCAUGAAGGUGAAGACUGGCAUCACACUGAUACUGUUAAACACUGGACUUAUGUCAUAGAUGGUGAGGUACACACAAGCUACGAUAGUGUUGAAGAAGUUGAUGAAGAGAACAAAAAGAACAGUUGGAAGUUAUUUGGUGGAGAUAUUGGUAAACACUAUAAGGUCUUUAAGCUCACCCUUCAAGUAACUGAUAAAGCUGAUGAUGGCACUGCUGUUGCUAAAUGGACGAUAGAAUAUGAGAAAAUCAACGAGGAUAUUGACCCUCCAAAUGGAUGGAUGGACUACCUUAACCAAUGCACUAGAGAUGUUGAUGCUCAUCUUUCCAAAGCAAGAGCCGCUCGAAAAGAUUAA